CUCCGGAGGCGCGCCGGGCGACAGCAGCGGAGCCGAGCGCGGGAGCGCGCGGCGUGGCCAGCCCAGGGAAGCCACUUACUUUUACUGCUUCUAUCCCACCAACCGCGACUUGUUGCCGAUCUCUCCGCCCCGGAUCCAAGGGAUCUCCUCGGCCGCUGCGCCGAUUGGGCGACUAGCAUCGCUGCUCCUCCCCGGCCUGCCGGCUCGCCAGCCUCCGUCUCCGCCCUCCCUCCGCGCCCGGGUUCACCUUCUCCGGGCGGCCCGGCUUGCCUCCAAAGCGUCCGUCCGUCCGCGGAGCUUGCAAGUAAAGGAGGGGGUGUGCGGGCCGCGGCGCUCUCUCUCCUCCAGCCGCUCUCUCUCUCCCGGCUGUAACCUCAGCUCACCCCUGCGAGAGAGGCAUCAGUUUGCAAUUGCAACAGCAACAACUGCCAACGGCUGCGUCUUUGCUCCGGCUGGGAAAGUUGAAAAAAACAAAAAAGAACAACAAAAACGGCGGACUAGCGCCUUGACUUCUGCUUUUCCCCAGGCGGGGGGCGUCGGACCUGAGCGGCCAGGGCCGACCGGCUCUUCUCUGGCACACCACUGACACUGCACCUGCUCCAAUUUCGGAGCGCCUCGCGCGUGCCCCGACGGCCCAAGGGAUGGCCCUGCUGGUCGCCGUCGGAAGCUGGUAGAAAAGCCCGGUUCUCGCAGCUGACACCCCGCCCAGUCGAGGAGUCUCCACAACCUACCUGGAGCCAGAGAAAAACACACCAGGCAGACCCCCACACCCCUUGCCGUCCAGCCACAGGAGAGAUCAUGGAGGUGCACGUCGGUCUGGGCAGAGUCUAUCCUCGGCCGCCGGCGAAAGCUUUUCGAAGUGCCUUCCAGAACCUGUUUCAGAGUGUCCGCGAAGCGUUCCAGAGCCCUGGACUCUUGCGGGAGGAGGCUGGCCCCAGCCACCAGGCGUCGGCGUCCGCGACGGCGGGGUCAUCUUCCUCGGGGUCCCACUUGCAAGAGCCCAGCGCCCAGCAGCAAGACCCGGCUUCGCCCUCUUACCUGCCGCUGGAGGAGCAGCCCCAGGUGAGCAAAACACUGCAGCCCCCCGAUGAGCGGGAGGCGUCCGCGUCCGCGUCCGCCCCGUCCUCUCUGGCCCUGCUAGGAGGCCCCUCUUUCCAGAGUUGCCCGGGAGACUUCAAAGACAUCCUGGGUGAGAGCAGUCUUCUGCAGGCGGCGGAAGGAAGCGAGCCCCGCGGAGGAGGCGAGGAAGCCCCAUCUGACAAAACUGACUACCUGGGGGAGAGCGCCAAGGAGCUGUGCAAAGCCGUCUCCGCCUCCAUGGGCUUGGCGGUGGAAGCGCUUGAUGCGCCCGGCGUCGGCGAGGUGGCGGCGACCCGCGGCGACUGCAUGUUCGCUGGCGCGCACGCUCGGCCCCUAACUCUGGGCGGCUGCAAGAUCGUAGAAGCCGAGGAGGGAGGCACUGGUGGCGGCGCUGGCGGCGAGGGCGCGCUGGCCAUGGACGUGCCAGGGCACAUGAGCCUCUACAAGAGCUCUCCGGAGCUGGAGGAGCCGUCGGGAGCCUUCCCGAACCGAGACUACUACAACUUCCAGCUGGCCCUGGCCUCACAUGGGCGCAUCAAGCUGGAGAGCCCCUUGGAGUACGCACCCAGCGGUACCGUUUGGGGGCCGCAGUGCAGGCGCGCCGGGGACGUGCCUGCUGCCUUGGCGCCCCACUAUGCCGGCCCUCCCGGCCCCGGCUGGCACCCCUUCUUCACCGAGGAAGGGCAGCUCUACGAAGGCGCACCCCCGGCCUCCUUCGGCUACGCCAGGAGCCAGGGCCCGCCGUCUGGGCAAGAGUGCGCAGAGCUCCCACCGUCAGAGGUAUGGUACCCCGGGGGCGUAGUGGGCAGGAUGCCCUUCGCCCCUGCCGCCGGCUGCAUCAAGACGGAGCUCACCCCGUGGAUGGAGGGCUACCCGGGAGCCUACGGAGACAUGAGGUUGGAGUCUGCAAGAGACCAUGUUCUUCCCAUUGACUAUUACUUCCCACCACAGAAGACGUGCUUGAUCUGUGGGGAUGAAGCUUCUGGUUGCCACUAUGGAGCACUCACCUGCGGGAGCUGCAAAGUCUUUUUCAAGAGGGCAGCUGAAGGUAAACAGAAGUACCUCUGUGCCAGCCGAAAUGACUGCACCAUUGACAAGUUCCGAAGGAAAAACUGUCCCUCCUGCCGCCUUCGGAAAUGCUAUGAGGCCGGGAUGACUCUCGGAGCCCGCAAGUUAAAGAAGCUGGGAAACCUGAAGAUGCAAGAAGAAGGGGAAGCAGCGGGCCCCUCCAGCCCUACAGAGGAGCAAGCUCCAAAGAUGACCAUGACACGCAUUGAGACCCUGGAGUGCCAGCCCAUCUUCCUCAAUGUCCUGGAAGCUAUCGAGCCAGGGGUGGUGUGUGCUGGCCAUGACAACAACCAGCCUGAUUCCUUUGCUGCCCUUUUGACCAGCUUGAAUGAGUUGGGCGAGAGGCAUCUGGUGCAUGUCGUAAAAUGGGCCAAGGCUUUGCCAGGGUUCCGCAACUUGCAUGUGGAUGACCAAAUGGCGAUCAUUCAGUACUCCUGGAUGGGCCUGAUGAUUUUUGCAAUGGGAUGGAGAUCAUUCACCAACGUGAACUCUCGGAUGCUCUACUUCGCCCCAGACUUGGUCUUCAAUGAGUACCGGAUGCACAAAUCCAGAAUGUACAGUCAGUGCGUCAGGAUGCGGCAUCUCUCCCAAGAGUUUGGAUGGCUUCAAAUCACUCCCCAAGAAUUCCUCUGCAUGAAAGCUCUGCUCCUCUUCAGUAUUAUUCCAGUAGACGGGCUGAAGAACCAGAAGUUUUUUGACGAACUUCGAAUGAACUACAUCAAGGAACUUGAUCGCAUCAUUGCUUGCAAGAGGAAGAAUCCUACCUCCUGCUCCCGGCGUUUCUACCAGCUCACCAAGCUCCUAGACUCUGUGCAGCCUAUUGCCCGAGAGCUGCACCAGUUUACAUUCGACCUCCUGGUCAAGUCCCACAUGGUCAGUGUGGAUUACCCAGAAAUGAUGGCAGAGAUCAUCUCGGUGCAAGUCCCCAAGAUCCUCUCUGGGAAGGUGAAGCCCAUCUACUUCCACACACAGUGAUGGAGUGAGGGAGACAAAGGAAGGGAGGAGCCCUUUGCAGCCAAGGCCCUGGAAGCCGCCAACCCUGUCCAGCCUUCACCUGCCUGUUACUUUUGCACUGCAGUGCCUUGGAAUACUGUAUAUGCUACAAAGAUAUACAGUAAUAACGAAAACAGAACUAACCUGCUGGGAUUCUUUUCAGUUUUGGUGACCCCCCACCUGGGAAUUCCCCUUUCAAGUGGGAAUUUUUUUCGGCCUGUUUUGAAACAGCCCAGCAUAUGUGUGUGCGUGCAAACCCUGCACCUUCUCUAUUUCUCUUUCCUGUUCUUAUAUAUAUUUUUAAUCUGGUGUUGUGGCAUGGUGCCAGGCGGCACUUGUUUACAUUCUUGGGCUUCUGCAUUUCCCACAAUGGCUUCUGUGGUCCUGUACCAUGAUGGGAAGUCUGUCAAAACACACACACACACACUCAUCGUGUUUUGGGUGUUCCCUUCAUUGCUGUUUUAUUCUCUCUUUUUAAACAAAACCAGAAUCCAAGAUGACAAGCAGGUUGCUCAAAUCAAAUCCUGGGAGUGGGAAGAACUUAAUUUUUGGGGAGCGGGUGAUUUUAUUUUUAUUUUUUAACAGUUUUUUGAUCAACUUUUCUGUGCAGUGUGCUUUUUUCCCAUUGCGUCACAAAUCUCACUCUUAAGAUGCAGGAGGAUUUCCAUAGCAUAUAUGAGGACAGGAAGGGAGAACUGUCAAUCCUGGACUCAAAAUCAUAUGGAGGAGAGAAUGUAGCAGAAUCAUACGACUGAAAAAAAAAAAAAGUGUGUGUUUGCCGUCACAGCUGCAGGCAUCACACGGACUCAGAUUCCGCAGG